GAAUAGUAUAGUACUAUAAUUUUAAAUAAUAUAUUAUUUUACUUCUUUUGGGUAUUAUUUAUUUAUUAUUUUUAAGAUUUAUUGUAAAGAAAUAUAUAUACAAUUAUUUUACAUGCAAAUAAUUAUAACUAUAAUAAACAAAGGAUGAUUUAAAAAUUAUAUUUUUAUAUAUUUUCAAUAAAACUAAUAAUUUAUACCUACACAUUCUACACAAUUACAUGAGUUUCAAUAACAUCAAUGUUUAGCUAUUUUCUUUAGGUUUGUCUACCAAAAAAUAUUUCACUUCUCUGAAUAAUAAAUUUUUUUAUCAAAUGAUUUACAUUUUCUUCAAGAAUGUACUAAAUAAAGCUAUAGUGCUUAUAGUAGGUGUUCUACUGUUCUCGGAUAAGAAUAAAAUUAAAACUAAAAUAAGUAUUUAAAGUUUAUAUUGUUAAAAUGUUUAUAUUAUAAAUAUUUUUAAUUUAGAACAUUGUCCUAAUUAAAAAAGAAAAAGAAGUAUGUUACAUUAUAAAUGAAAAAAAUAUAUGUAAUAAUUUGAUACAGCUCUAAUUAAUAUGUAUAGUUAUUAUGGUUAGCUUAAAAUUAAGAUACAACAUCGCCUGAUCACUAAAUUAAUGUAAUUUUAAAUUACAAGUAAUUAUUUUAAUAUUUAAAGGUUUUAAUAAUAAUGUUGAUUCAACUAUUUUAAUUGAAAAUAUGGUCUAAAAAGUAAGAUAAAAUAACCCUAAUCAAUCGUCAGUAAAUAAAUUAUUAAUAGAAAAGGCUCUUUGUCUAGUUCAUAAUUUGUCAUCAUUUUUUCAAUACUUAAACUAAAAUAGAAAAUAUAAGUUUUAAAUUAUUUUGAACUUAUAGUUUAUUUGAACCACAAAAUUUUCAACUUAUUACAUAUUCUAAUUAACAAUCAAAAUGUAUUUACCAGUUUUUCUUAUUCUAAUUUUGAGUUUUGUUACAAAACUAACCAUUUGUAAUGAAAGACCAGUGAUUGGAAUACUAACACAAGAAAUUUAUUGGACAAGUUUUAAAAAUAUAAGACCACCUAAUUACUCAUAUAUAGCCGCAUCUUAUGUUAAAGCAAUUGAAGCUUCUGGAGGACGAGUUGUACCAGUUUUUACCAACAGAACUACUGAAUAUUACAAGGAUGUAGUGAAAAAAGUAAAUGGUAUUUUGGUCCCUGGAGGAGGAAGUGAGUUUAAUAUAAGUUUUGGAAUAAGUCAAUCGACAAAUGAAAUUUUUCACAUUGCAAAAAAUAUAAACGAUAAUGGAGAUCAAUUUCCAAUUCUUGGAAUUUGUCUGGGAUUUGAACUUCUUCUAGUCACAUCCAUUGACGGAAAAAAUCCUCUGAAAAGCUGUGAUUCUAAUGACAUGAAUUUACCUCUAAAUCUAAUACCAACAAUGGAACAGAAAAGUGUGUUAUUCAAAACAAUGCCAAAGGAUGUUCGGAAUAUACUACUUACAGAACCAGUUACAGCUAACCAUCAUAAAAAUUGUUUAACACCACAGAACUUUACAUCAAUGAAGUUAGAUAAGUUUUGGAACUCCAUAACAGUCAAUAAAGAUUCAAAUAAUUUAACAUUCAUAUCCAUAGUAGAAGCAAAAAAAUAUCCAUUUGUAGGAUUACAAUUUCAUCCAGAAAAAAAUUCAUAUGAAUGGAAAAGAAAUAACCCUCAUAGUUGGUCAGCAAUACAUUCAGCACGCUAUUUUUAUGAUUGGUUUGUCAAUGAAUGUCGUCAAAAUAAUCACAGAUAUAUAAAAAAUAAUAUACUGGAAAAUGAACUAAUUUAUAACUAUCCUACUACUUAUAUGAAUAAUUUGUCUUCUGCUUUUGAACAAGUAUAUCUUUUUGAUGGAUAAGUGUCUAUUAUGAAUUUUACAAUAGUCUAAUAACUAUAAAUAGUUUAGUUGUUUAGUAUGUUCUUUAUUCCAUUUCAAACUUAUAACUGUAUUAUUAAUAUUAUUUAUGCUUUAAUACACUUAUGAACAAAGUAUCUGUUAUAUUAAUAAAAUACACAUCAAGA